AUAAUAUAACCCUAUCUCAGCUGUCACACUCCUGUGGUUAUUUUAGGGUUUCCAUCUCAAAAGCUCCCCCAAGAACUUUGCGGAUUCUUUCUCUAUCCUCUUUUGUAUUUUUUUGGGAGACGAUCACGAAAUUUAGGAGCUGGGCGAGAGAGAAAGUUAGAGAGAGAAAAGGGAUAGAGGAGCUCGUGCUUGGCCUUUGCCGCUUCACCUAACUCAAAAAAAAAAAAAAAAAAAAAAAAAUUCUUCAUAUCUGGUCCAGCUCUGGAAUAUAAGAGAAGGUCUUUGUUAUAAGAUCUUAUUGUGACUGAGCUUUGCGUUCGAGGCUUAGACUUGGGAAUCUUGGUUCCGAUUUGCUCAGCGAGGUUUCUGAUUACUCUGAUAUAUUGCUUGGAGAAAACGACGGGUACUGUAUCUGAUUAAUUGGGUGUCUAGAUGCGUAGAGAGUUAUGAGAUUUCAUUUUGCCUUUUUUGAUGUCGUUUGUGUUCUUUGCAAUCAACGAAUUGAAGGAAAACUGUUUUAUUUGAGAGGGUAAAAUGCCAUCAGCUUAUUUUUCCAGACUUAGAACUGCAAUUCAAAGAUCAAUUAUAGGAUAUGAAGGUGGGCUCCAAAAUUCGGUAGAAGCGUUUAUUGGAAAAGGGAAACUUUUGUUUGGCAAUUCAAAGUUGUUGCAUUUGAGAUCAUUAUCGGCACUUUCUGAUCUCCAGGCACUUUUGCAACCAGGCAGUUUGGUUGCUGCAAGAUUGGAUUCACAAUUAGUUAACCGGAAAAAGAACCUUUCUGUUGUUGGAACAAUUUCACGAACAUUUUCUAUUCCAUCUGUUUCAGGGCCUUCAUUGCAGGUUUGUGGGUAUCAUAUUGAUUGUUUGCUUUCCGAUCCUAAACAAGUUUCAGUUGGCAGCAAGCUUCCGAAUAGACCCAUGGCGGCCAGUCCUAGAGUUUUAUUUGGUGAAUGUCAUAUAACUUCGAGAUGUGGUCACCGUCUGCCAUCAACUGAAAGUACCUUUAUAAUUUACAACAACAGAAAUAGAAGUUUUGAUGGUUGCCACAAAAUUAGCAUGAGUUUGAAAAACCGUGAGCAACACAACAAUAAUGCAAUAUAUGGUUAUUUCAUUUAUGAAGCAGGAAAGAGAUUAUGCGGUUCAUACCCUAUCAUAGGGUCAGGAUCAAGAGAAUUUCAUAGUUCAUCAUCUCUGUGUUCCUCUGCUGGGACUGCCCGUGAUGUUUCCUUUGACAAUUCUGGCCGUGAGGAGCAGCUUGCUAAUUCGGCAGAUUCAUCUGAUCAGAAAGUUACAGCUGGCAAAGCCUUAAAGCUAGUUUCUGGAUCAUGCUACCUACCCCACCCUGAUAAAGAAGAAACUGGUGGUGAGGAUGCUCACUUUAUCUGUGUUGAUGAACAAGCAGUAGGGGUGGCAGAUGGUGUUGGUGGAUGGGCAGAUCUUGGUGUUGAUGCAGGAUUAUAUUCCCGGGAACUAAUGUCUAAUUCUGUAAGUGCCGUUCAAGAGGAACCCAAGGGAUCAGUUGACCCGGCUAGGGUUUUGGAGAAAGCACACUCAAGCACAAAAGCUAGAGGUUCUUCAACAGCAUGCAUCAUUGCACUUACGGAGCAGGGAAUUCAUGCAAUUAAUUUAGGUGAUAGUGGGUUUAUAGUGGUACGAGAUGGUUGCACAGUCUUUAGAUCCCCUGUACAGCAGCAUGAUUUUAAUUUCACUUAUCAACUGGAAAGUGGAAGUAAUGGUGAUUUACCUAGCUCCGGCCAGGUAUUUACAGUUCCUGUAGCUCCCGGGGAUGUAAUAAUUGCUGGAACAGAUGGACUGUUCGACAACUUGUACAACAAUGAGAUAACUGCAGUGGUGGUGCAUGCCAUGAGAGCUGGCUUAGGGCCCCAGGUAACAGCUCAAAAGAUAGCAGCAUUGGCUCGUCAACGAGCACAGGACAAAGACCGGCAGACGCCUUUUUCCACUGCUGCGCAAGAUGCUGGGUUCCGCUAUUAUGGUGGAAAGCUCGAUGAUAUCACUGUUAUUGUUUCAUACGUAGCAAGCUCCAGCGAUGUAUGAAUGUCUUUUCUCUGUGAUGUAUAUAUUUCAUUUUUUGUGUGGUCAGGCUCCUCUUUUCUUUUUGUGUAGAGUUGAAGACUUCUCUUUGGCGGUCGAAAAGUGUGUGCCCCGCCAGUGUUGUAAAGCAAGGGUGAAACAAGGGUAAAGACACUAUUUUUUUUUUUACAGAUAUACCCUUGGUUUUCCAGA